AUGGAGUGGCGAGGAAAAAAGGGGUCGACGUUGCGAUGUUGCGAUGUCGUUGACGGCAGGAGUCGAUCGGUACAUAUGUGGCGAAUCCUUGUCCGCAAGCGAGCGAGCGAAGCGACGUCCCUGCCCGAUCCGGCGCUAAGCGAGGAUGAUUGGCAAUCUAGUUGUAGCCGCCGCGGCCGUCCUCCUCCUCGUCGUCGUCGGGUCCCUUGUUGUAGCCGCCGCGGCCGAAGUUCGUGGGUGCGGACGUGGUGUGGGACUCGUCGUCGUCGCUGUUGCUAG